AUGGAUUCCGUGGUCAAUAUCUUGCUGGACUCCUUCCCCGGUCUCUCUGUCCCUUCCACACUAUGCCUACCCCUCCCUGCCACCGCGACCCUUGCCGAGUUGUUCUCUGCUAUUAGAGAUGUACUCCCAGCGAAUCUUCCGACGCAAACCCGCCUGAUUCUCACGUCAACCUCAAACACGCCUAUCUACGACUCCCCGGCCAUUACGAUCGCCGAACUACUAUCAGAAUGUCGCCCCACAGCACAGAAUUGUCAGCACCAUGUCCUUGCAGGUCCAGGCUCGAGCUGCGGCUCGUCCCCGAGCUCGUCUUCAUUCCUGCCCCUGCGUCUCUCUGCCCCACUCGUCGGCGGCAAAGGUGGUUUUGGUUCGCAGCUCAGAGCCGCCGGAGGACGGAUGUCGUCGCGCAAGAAGAAGCAGAAUGCGGAGCUCGCCACUGGCAGUGCCCGUAACCUAGAUGGCCGGCGACUGCGAACCAUCACGGAAGCCAAGAACCUGGCCACCUAUCUUGCAACGCGCCCAGAAAUGGAACGGAAGGAGAAAGAAGAAAGACGCAAGAGGUGGGAGCAAGUCAUUGAACUGGCUGAGCAGCGGGAAGCUGACAUGAGAGCCGGGAAAGGGGUCGACGGCCGUCGUAGAGGUAUCAGUGACGAGUGGGUCGAUGAGAAAGAAGAGGUAGGUGAGAACGUACGGAAUGCGGUUCGGCUUGCCAUGCUCGCGGACGAGGAAAAGGGCAAGGGCAAGGGCAGAGAUGUCGCACCGCAAGAAGGCGAGAGCAGUGGAAGUGGAGGCUCUCUCCCGCCCAGCGACGAAGACAGCGAAGGGGAAGGGGAAGAAGACCUAAUGGAGCUGGACGAAGAUGGCAUGUCCCGGCUCAUAAAGGAAGCCGAGGCAGGCGAUGCAGAUGCGAUCUGGGUGCUGCAGAACCGCCUCAAAAUUCCCUCAGCUCUACUUCCUACCCCCAAAUCUCAGCCGAAGCCUCAACGCAGGUUUGCAGGGUUUGACGAAGACGACGAUGAAUUGUCUAGCAGUGGAGACGAGGAAGUCUCUGCACAGCCAGCCGAUAAGGGAAAGCACAGCGUUGAUAGUACGUGA